AUGAUCAAAAUCAUACGACCCAAUGUAAAGAUAAGGGUGUUAAACUUCCUGAGUUGUAUUCGCAUACUAUCACAGAAUCAUAAAAGAUACAUAAAAACUACCACGCCUUGUACAUAUAAAAGCAGAUUGGGGCUUUCAAAUAUAUUUAGUGCAAAUAACAUUGUUGACCCAGAUAGCGAUUCAGCUAAUGAUAUAAUUAAUGAGUAUAAUGAUUAUUCUAGCAUUGACGAUCUUCAAAUAAGAUUAAAAGAUUUCAUAAAAAGCAAGCCUGCAUUUGUAAAUGCCUACAAUGACUAUAAGAAGAGGGACCUAUCGUUGACUAGUCCGUUGGAUGAGAUUAAUAAAUUUAUUUUAGGUAGCCCUAAACCAAAUUUCCGGGCUAUAGUCAAUACUAAUGAGAAUAUGCCUCCGAAUAUAGGGAGUUUUAUAGAGAUUAUUAAUCACAGUACUUCGAGUGUCACAUUUGGUGUGGUUCUUGAAGGAUCACAAACGAAAUUCAACGAAAACUAUAAUAAGUUAUUGGUCUUGACAGUGGAUAAUAAAAUAGAAAAGAUAUGCCCACAAGAUGUUAGUUUUCAUUUUUUUCAAGUUCUCGAUUCACAGUUGAUUCAAAAUUUACAAGUUACUGAAAAUAGGCAUGAUGAUACUUUUAGAAAUCGCUUAGUCCUAGUGGAUAUUUUGAAGCUAUUUAUUCGACAAAGUCUUGAUCGUUUACAUAGGCUACAGGAUCCUAAUAAUAACCAGUUUUCAAUUGCAUUUUCACAGUACGCAACACCCUUUCAAAUGAAGAGUAUCUCAUUACCUGAGAUUUAUGAUUCAUUCAAAUUGCUGGAUCCUAUUUUGUCAGAUAUCAACAGUUCAUAUUAUAAUCAAGCUGCAUUUUUACUAAGCUGCCAUUUAGGAAUGAUAAACUCUCCAGAAAUGUGGUUGGUAACUUCGUGUUACGGAGUCAAUAAGCUAACUAAUCUUGUUAAAGAAAGCUGUUCAAAUCAGAUUAGUUCAGGUUCUCGCUAUUUUGUGAAUUCCAUUACAAAUAUGGAAUCUCUUUCAAAGAUCUUUGACGAUUUUGAAAAUCCAAUUUAUUUGGCUAAGUAUAACUCAUUUUUGUCUGCUCUCUAUGGAGAACAAACAUCGCAGAACCCUAAAUCAUUUGAUGAUUUGAAUGUUUACUUCAAUAUUUGGGAAGGUAAACACUUUGUGAAUAUUAUCACUGUUAUGAAGUUUUUCAUUAUUUAUCCACAUUCAUCAAUUAAAGAGAGCAUAGAGAGAUUGCCACUCAUGGGAGAUAAGAUCUCAGACCCAAGUACGAUUUAUAAGUUCCUUGAAGAUUUAAAAAUUUAUAAUAAUUGGCGUAAUCAAAUGACGGAUAUAUACCUUUCUGCAAAUAUAAUGGGCAAGUCCCAAUUAUCACAACUAUCUAUAUCAUCAGCUAAUGAUUUAUGCUCAACUUCAACUCAGAAUGAGCUGCACAAUUUUUUAAAUCAGAAAAUUACUGACAAAUUCACUCACUUAAGAAAAUCCAAAGUUUAUUAUCAAGAUCAUAUUGUUUACGGAUUGCCUUUUGGCAAAUCGGUUAAUUCAAAACAGAAACUGUCUAUGCUAGGCGUAUCGUUGGAGAAAAUAAAUUCUAGAAAAUAUUUGAUAAAUAUUCAUAUACCUGACUUGAUCACCAAACUUUCACCUAGCAGUAAUUUAUUCGAUGAAAUUUCAUCUUCUAGUUUAAAUAUGAAGAGUUUAGCGAAGUUGAUUAAUGAUUCGAAAAUAAACAUUUUUGAUCAGGGCUUAAUCGAUAGUUUAAGUUUUCCGGAUCAAAAUUUACAGGCGAAUUCUGAUUGGUUUUCAGUUGGUGAUGCAAGCAAUAAGUAUAGUUCGAUCGCAACUUCAAAUGAUAAUGUAACGUGCAUGACUGUUUCAUUUGUUUACAAUAAGUAUGAAUCGAAUCCAUUUCUGGAUUUAGAAGAAAAGAUUUCUUUUUCUUUUGAUUCAUUGAGUAAAGUACUGAUAAAAAAUAUUGAUUGGAAUAAACUUGAAAAUUGCUUAAAUGGCGUUACUGAAGUUUCCCCUUUCACAUUGUUUAAAGAAAGAGCGAAACGUUCACAAGAUAAAAGCAAUGUUGAAUUAGAUGACGAUGACAUUCACAAUAUGAAUUUUAUUUUUAAUGUAAUGAAAAGUCAUAUUAAAAUACGAAAUCUAGAUGGUGCCUCAAAUGUUGAUCCAUCUGUUACAUUCCAAAAAAAUGACUCAAGCAAUCUUUUGAAAGAAUUGAGUAUAGUGAACAAAUAUGAGGACCACGAAAAGGUAAUCACCAAGAUCGAAUCUAAGUCAAUUGAAAGUCAGCUAGAAUUGUCUAAAUCAAGAUUUUUUAUUAAUGAAAUAGACAAAUUUGUUGGAAAAAUAACAUCAAGAUAUUGCUUAAUGAAUGAGAUUCCUAUCUUUAACCACCAUCAAGAUAUUCUUGAAUCUUUAAACGAAGAGCUGAAUCCAGAACUAAGUAUGAAUAAGGAAGCGACGGAUUUGAAGGAUGAGGCAUAUAUUUCUCAUAAUAAUUUAUUCUUGCCGAAUUAUCAUUCGAAUUCAUACUUUCAAACGUUGAUAGCGAGAGACUCGUCUGGAUAUGUUUCAAUGAGUGCAUAUUUAAUUGGUUUGAAUUAUUUGACCAAGCGUAACAUAGAAGUUUUCACAGACGAGAACUUGCGCUUUUUACCAUUGGGAUUACACGAUGGAUAUGUUAAAAUGUUUGGAGUGUUUAGCAAUUACGAAGUUUUGUUGAAUCAAUUUCAAAUCUUGUCUCAUAUUCAACAAUAUUUUCAAGGUAACAAUUUAUCAUUCUUCAAGGAUAAGGAGUAUUCUGCCAAUAUUAGACAGUUCAGUUAUUUGAAAAGAUACGGUUAUACACUAAAUGGACCUUUAUCAUACGAAGCAUUAAACAAUCAAUUAGAUAAAAUAUCAGACUCCUAUCAAUUAUGCGACCACUUGGGAACAGUGCAUAAGCAAUUUUGGACUUUGAAAUUGCUUGAGCAAAGGCUACUUGAAGACAAUUCUAUGGACUCAGGAAUAGCCGGUAUUACCUAUGACUGCAUAAUCACUCGUGCAGGUUAUGAAAUACCGUCAAUUUCCAAAAAGAUCGCUAGAGGUUACUGUUCUCAGUUGAAUAUUGAGACUGACAUUAUGCUUCCUCUUGAUAGGGAAGCAACAAUCGGAAAUCAAAUUAUUUGUGACAAAGUAAUGUUCUUAGAUCCUAUUAGAGGUCACUGUGUCCUAAGAGAAUCAGGGCUACUCCACUAG